ACUGAACAAAUUAUUAUACGGAUUGUCUAUGUUGAAUUGAAUUCCCAAUAGCUCAUGCUACCCUACUUACACUCUGGAAACAAACGCCAAAAGUUGAUUGUAUAAUGUAUAUAUUGCAAACUCCUUCCAUCAACUAAUAUCAUUUAAACCACAGCCAGAUGGACAACAGCAUAGAACAAGCUAAUGGUGUUUUGGGCAAAGAGAUCACAUGCACUGCUGCUGUGGCUUGGGGUCCUGGAAAACCUUUCUCCAUACAACAAAUUCGUGUCCAACCACCUCAGAAGUUGGAAGUCCGAAUCAAAAUCUUGUACACUUCAGUUUGCCAUACUGAUCUUAGUGCGGGCAGGGCCAGGUACAUUUGUAACUAACAUAUGUAUACUGAUAUACAUAUCAUUUACACUUAGUUGUUAAUAUAUCCAUAUAUAUAAUUAAUCACAUGUAGAAUGAAUCGCAACAAGUGUAUCCUCGUAUUUUUGGACAUGAAGCCUCCGGGUAACAACUUGAAUUUUAAUUUGGGUUAAUGGUGGUCGAGUGUAUAGGCGAGGGUGUGCAGGAUAUGAAGGAAGGAGAUCAUGUUCUUACUAUCUUCAAUGGCGAGUGUCGUAUAUGUGCUUAUUGCAAGUCUGAAAGCACCAAUCUAUGUGAAAAGUUUCGUGUGGAUCCAUUACGAAGCGUGAUGAGGAAUGACAAGAAGACCAGGUUCUCAACACAAGACGGGAAACCUAUUUACCAUUUUCUCAACACAUCCACUUUUAGUGAGUACACAGUCAUGGACUCGGCAUGUGUUGUAAAGAUCAAUCCAAAAGCUCCCCUUGACAAGAUGACUUUACUCAGUUGUUGUCUGUCCACAGGAUUUGGAGCUGUAACCAAUACUGCCAACGUUCAACACGGUUCAACAGUCGCAGUCUUUGGUCUGGGUGCUGUGGGACUGGCGGUCAUACAAGGGGCCAAAACAAGAGGAGCAUCUAAAAUCAUAGGAGUCGACAUUAAUGCGGACAAGCAUAUCAAAGGUCAAACGAUGGGCAUGACACAUUUUAUAAACCCGAGGGAUCUUAAAAUGUCGGCACAUGAGAAAAUAAGGGAAAUGACUGAAGGAGGGGUAGACUUCAGCUUCGAGUGUGCAGGAAAUCUUGAUGUUCUUCGCGAAGCCUUCUUGUCGACCCAUGACGGAUGGGGAGUAACAAUAGUAUUGGGGAUUCAUCUAACACCAAGAAUGUUGCCAUUGCAUCCAAUGGAGCUGUUUGAUGGACGAAGAAUCACAGGAUCAGUGUUCGGUGGUUUCAAAGGGAAAUCCCAACUCGCUCUCUUUGCUGACCAGUGUAUGCAUCAGGAUGGGAUAAAGUUGGAAGAGUUUAUUACCCACGAGCUUCCCUUUAACAACAUCGACCAAGCUUUCCAACUGUUAGUUCUUGGAAAAUCAAUACGAUGUUUGCUUCAUCUAUAAAUCAAAAGAAAAAUAAGUGAUUCAUUAACGAAUGGUUGUAAGCUUUUCAAUGAACUUGCAAGUAUAUAUGUGUGUGAAAUCAUUUUUUUAUCGAUU